GCGAAAGGAAUUAAAUUGGUAAAUGGUGAUGUGGUAAAUAGUGAUAUAGUGAUUUGUAAUGCAGAUCUCAUAUAUGCGUACAACAAACUUUUGCCAAAAACAUCUUACGCUGAAAAACUCGGCAAAAAAGAACUGACUUCAUCUUCGAUAUCAUUUUAUUGGUCUAUGAACAAAAUUGUAUCACAAUUAAAAGUACACAAUAUUUUUUUGGCUGAAAAAUAUAAACAAAGUUUUGAUCAAAUAUUCAAGGAUCAUACAUUGCCCGACGAACCAUCGUUUUAUGUAAACGUACCUAGUCGCAUCGACCCAACAGCAGCACCAGAAGGAAAAGACACAAUUGUGGUWUUAGUACCRGURGGACAUAUAUCGAAUGUACCUAAURUSGAUUUCGAUCAACUUGUCAAGAGAGCUAGGGAACAWGUAAUCGACACAAUWCAGAAAMGAUUGAAGAUAUCCAACUUCAGAAGUUUGAUCGAUCAUGAGAUAGUGAACGAUCCGAGAACAUGGCAAAACGAAUUCAAUUUAUGGAAAGGGUCUAUACUAGGAUUAUCUCAUUCAUUGUUUCAAGUUCUAUGGUUCAGACCAAGUUUGAAAUGUAAAAUAUUUGRAAACUUGUACUUUGUGGGCGCUUCAGCGCAACCUGGUACUGGUGUACCAAUAGUGUUAUGUGGUGCAAAAUUGCUAGAGAAACARUUGUGUGAUAGAUUCUUGGAUGGUAAAGUUGAAAUAAGCAUAUGGUCGAAGUGCGUUUCAUUCUUAAUCGGUCUUCUAGCACUUCUGAUUUUUUUGUUUUUUUCUGGAUUCUAACAAUAACUAUCUACAUUCUACAGUUACCUAUAGCACACAUGCACGUGUUAUUGUGUUUAACAAUUUUUUUGUUGUAAUACUCAUGAAAAUUUCGAAAAACUUUAAAUUCGCAUCUUAAAAUAUAAUGCACUAGUUUAAAAUAUACAGUAUAUUAAAGUGUUACCUAUUAUAUUGGUAUACUUUUUAUGUAGAUUAAUAUUCGCAGUACGCCAAUAUUA